AUGUGCUCCCCAGCUCCCAAUUGCUCAAAAGGUGACAAGGAAUGUUUAAAAAACUAUUUCCUUAUUGUUUUACGCGCCCUUCAUCAGAAUUACGAAGGCGCGUCAAUGCCAGCAAUUCGUAUUAAAAAAGAUGCUGAAGCCACUGAUGGCCUUGAACUAAUCUUUGAAAAUUGUUUUUUAUUUGGAAUACAAAAAUCAACUCCCGUUAACAUCAAAGGUUUUACUGAAACCAUCGAUCAGAAGCAUCAAAUCGAUUUCAAAUUAUCAAGAACAAUUUUAUUGGCCGAUUAUCAAAUGGAAGGUGUAGUUUUGGGUCAAAAAAUUAAAUGCAAUGGCAGAGCUAACAUAACUUAUGUGAAUCCCAAUUAUAAUGUGAUGAUAGAAGGGGAGCGUUCUAUGAAGGGAAAUGUGGCUUAUCUAAGCCCUAAAAAAAUAUUUACAUCCGUUAGACCGGAAUCGAUGUAUUUUCAAUUGACAAAUUUGACUCAAGGCGAUAAGGCAGCUUUAACGCAGAAAGUAAUCGACGUUUUUCAAGAAAAUAACAUAAUAUUGCAGCGCGAGUUCUGUGCCAUUAAUCGCAUGUACAAAAGUUUCUUUAGUCAACUUUUUGAUGAGAUAUCUUACAAUGCGUUCUUAACAGCAGCUUGA